UACAAUGGAUCAGAAGUUGCUUACAGAUCUCUGUAAAUCUAUCAUGUUUAAAAGCCAAGACAGUUUUGAUGUUGCAGUCUAUACACCAUCUGUCAAUAGAUUCCAAAUUCCUGAUGACCUCCUUUUAGUUAUUCCUAAACUUGAAAGGCUGAAAGAAAGUGGAUUGUUUCAGAAAAUUUGGGUGCAAGCAGGAUCGAACAGUAAGUUGGAUGACAGUUUUAAAUCCAUUCUUGCUGUUUGGAACAAUGCUAAAGAACAAUGGGAUACACUAAGCUUGAAAAUACGAAAUGGCACAAUCUCAUUUGAUGAAAUUAAAAGACAAAUUUAUGUGUUCCGCGAGGAUUAUGAAAGAAUCAAACUUGAGUUUUCAUUGAUGAAUGACAAUGACAGCUCCCAAUGGGUGGAUGAACGAAUUCAACAACUCAAAACUUUCUCCUUGGUGGAUAAGUGUAAGAAGACUGCUCUUGAAAUCAUGCAGAUUCAGGAGUUGUUUGGUUUCAAGGGAGACUUCAAACCAGUCAAGGAAAUACUGAAUCUGACUACAACUAGGAAUGUAGCUAUGAGAAAGAUGGAUCAGUCCGUUCUGAAAACAUGCACGUUGUUGGAAGAUGUUACUAAUAAACAAAUCGAAAGCUUAGUGGCAUUCAGAGAAAACAAGCCCCUUGUUGAUUGGCUAAGAGAUUCCAUGAAAGCUGGAUUAAAAGAGUUGAAGGUGUUUGUGGAUCUGGCUUAUAUUUCUGCUGGAGAAGGAGACCAUGAGAUUCAUAAAGUGAACUGUCUACAUGCUGCCACCACGGGAUAUGCUCCACUAGUGUUUGACUGUAAUGAGCAGUGUGAUUACAACAUGUUUUUACAAAGUUGUCAAUCAGUGUGGAGAGAACUGAAGAGCAACCCUAAUCUACCAGAAAUGUUGCGGGACACAUGUCGCUUUUUGCAAUGGUUGAAGGAAGUGAGUCAGUCCCAUGGUUCUGUGGAAGUGACAUCAUUGUCUCAGGCUGGAAUGAUCAACUCCAAGGGUGUAUAUCGCAUUGGAAACUUAACCAGGGAACCAGCACCUCCCCAGUUGUUUGCAGAUGGUAGGCGUUGUGUAUGGAGGCGACGGGGAGAACGAUAUGAUUCAGACAACGUCAUUCAGCAUGACCGAUAUGGCGGUGGCAGCGUCAUGGUCUGGGCCGGCAUUCAUGGUGGAGGUAAAACAGAGCUCGUUUUCAUUCACGGAAACAUGACUGCUCAACGUUACUGCGACGAGAUCAUUACACCAGUGGUCAUUCCAUUCCUGCAGCAGCAUCCUGGCUUUCUGUUUCAACAUGACAACACUAGACCAGAUACUGCUAGGCUAACCACUAAUCUUCUUGAGCGGAACCGCAUCCAAGUGUUGAACUGGCCACCAAAGUCCCCUGACUUGUCCCCAAUUGAGCAUGCAUGGGACCUACUGGGCCGUAGGCCAAUGGGAAGUCGUCUACUGUUCAGUGAGGACGCUGAGAACCAAUCGAAUUACACCACCAGGAUGUCCGCGAGCCUGCAGGCGACGUCCGAUUUCAUCCCAGACAUGUUCGAUAGUUGUUACUCUCAGGCGGCCGAUGCGUGGUCGAUUGUUUACGGAUCCAGUGAUUUGGUGAUGUUGGGAAAGUUGUGCGACUGUCGAAUAAUGGCAUCCCAAUUGGUUGACUACAGCAGUACGAGUCUGUCUGGCUUGCAACAUCCCGAUGGCCAUCUCUCGCUGGACUUGCGUCAGUCGCUGCAUUUCCUUCUCAUUGAUUUGAGCCGUGUCAUCAGUUUGCAUGUGACGCCAGACACGUGUUUGACAGGUGAUGUCAAAGAUAAUGUCAAAGAUAAUGUCAGGAAAUACUCCUAUAAUCAGCUGGUGGAUCUUCAGAGUCGGCUCAUGUUGGUGGCAGGAAGAGCUGAAAAGGGAAAGGAAAAUGUUGACCUAUUUAUGAUGAUUUUAGAUGGCAUAGUGCGGCUUUCCAAGACCUACAUCAAACUCAUCUCAGAUGGUUGUGUUCUCUUCAACUGCUGGAAGGCAAAUUUCCUUUGUGAUGUUGAACGUGAUGCAUGUGCCAUUUUAGAUUUUGGAGAAAACUCUGAAUCGCUGAAAGGACACCGACGGAAACAUCGACUUGAAGACUUCAUAAAUGCUUUGGCAAAUGUUUUUGAGGAUUGUCACAUGGAGUGGUUGAAAUAUUUAAGUGACAAACGUGACCAGUAUUUAGAGCUGAAUUUCUUCACAAUCAGCCAACUGGUUUUUCUACAGAAAGAGCUGAUCAAGAUUGGAACCGAUGUGAAGCCAUCAGACUUGGUAUUUCCACUGCUGUCACUGAUCAAGCCAGAAUGUUCCAUGUCAGACAUACAUCAUGCCAUGCAAAGCGCUAAAGAUGAAAUAUUCCAGAUUGAGCAGACGGAAGAGUUGGCCCGUGAAGAAGUGGAAGAUGCACCAAUGGGAAGACAAGAUACAGAGCAAUACUUUAUACAGGAAUUGAUGAAAGCUGGAUACACUGAAACAUUAGCACAAGCUGCCUUUAAUCAUGUUGCAGAUGCUGAUAUAGAUACAGCAAUUAUUUGGUGUUUGGACCAUGAGAAUGAUGUAGAAUUCAAGUCUUCAGCAGUUGACCCAGUCGAGGUGACCUCAGAGCCUUCUGAAGAGCAGUUUUCUGGGUGGAACUCAGAAGAAAUUUCAUUUGCAUCAAGAGCUGCUUCAUUAGUGCGGAAUCUUCCAGAACAAUUCAAAAAAGAUACCUCAGUGACUGCGCUCACCAAGAAUAUUGAGCACAUCUGGAAAACAUUUUUGGGCUCUGUUUCCUCCAGUGUGGCUGACUACCUGAGUGUUGAACAUCUAGGAAUUAUUCUGCGCAAGCUGGCUUUGUCAUGUGACCAGUCUCUUAAUCGGAAACUUCCUGUUCAGCUGAAAGCAAAGACUCCAAACUUGAUGGUCUGUCAAAAGAGUGAUAUGCUGAAUGCAGUGCUGCAUAUGUACGUGGAAGAUCCUGAUCAACCAUUGCCACGACCUGAUGAGGUUUUGUUAUGCACACCAGAAACUACUUUUGAUGAGGUUGACAUUUUCCUACGGCGAGCAUUUUUCAGCCCUUUGGGAAAAAUUCAUUGUUUGGCAUAUGCUGAUCUCUUGAGAUAUGAAAUUGAAGAAAAGAUAGAAAAGAAGUUCAUUGACUACAUUAUAAAAGCAAAUGCUAAAGAUUGUGACUACAAACUUGUAGUUCUGUGUUCAUCAGAAAAUGAGUUCCGCGCUCGCCUUGUAGCAGCUCUGGAUCGUCAUCGCUGUCAGCCCCCAAUAAUCAGAGUGAAGAACAUCAAAGACUACCUGACAGAGAAGUUCACAGCAGUCCGUGUUGAGAAGAAUACAAGAUCUGCUUCCCAUAUUGAUUUCUCACAUUCCACAGUGCGUGUUGUAAAAUCCAAGAGAGCUGGCAUUGGAAAGACUCUGUAUAAGAAUCGCAGAGUGGCAGAACUCCAAGAACUGAAUCCCAUGUUUAGAGAUAAAGACUUGUCAGUGUCCAUUCCUCUGUAUGAGAAGAAUGUGGUCAUGACACAGGUUGUUGACAAACUCUUGCCUUGCACUCUGAAACCGGGACAAGUCUUUCCAAGGAUUUUUCAUUUGAACAUUUCAUAUGAGGUCCAGGAAGGUUUGGAUUAUCUUCUGUUCAACCUGUUGAUUUUGGGGAAAGUGUCAAAUGAAAAAGGACACAUCUGGCUUCGCUCAGCCAUGGAUCUUUACUUGGUUGAAAUUAUUCCCAUUUCAGAUGUCAGAGACCACAGAAAAACCAAUGUACGGUUGAUACAUCCCAUAUUUGAAAUUCUGCCACAUGUGACGUGUUGGUCUCCACAAGACAGUUUACAGAUCCUGACUAAAACCAGUAGACCUGAUGAUUAUGAGAAGAAUGAUCUGCUGUUUGAUGUGGAGGAGUUCCGGAGUGUCGUAUAUCAGCGACCAUUCCAGUAUUUGUUCCGACAGGAAAGUAAAGCAAGUCUGAGUGAUAUUGAUCCUUUGACACCACAGGGAGACCCGGCCCAGUGUCUUAUCACUCUUCUCAGACACUGUGGGGUACCAGACCCCUCGUGGGCAGAGCUCCAUCACUUUGUGUGGUUCCUGAACACUCAGCUGUGUGACUUUGAGAGAUCAGUUUUCUGCUCUCCAGAACUCCAAGAUGAUCUUCCCGGCUUCUCACUGUUUGUUCUCAAAUUUGUUAUCCAGAUGUCACGGGACUUUGCCACUCGAUCCCUGAACAUGAGUGAAGAAACACCAAUUGGUGACGCAGAACAAGAGGAACCAGAUGAAGAUGUUAUUUCUCGCUUCCAGAUGAGACGGACCUGGGAAAGCAGUCCACAUCCAUACAUAUUUUUUAAUCCUGAUGGGCAAACAAUGACAUUCCUGGGGUUCAACAUCAACAGACAGACUGGCGAUCUGAUAGACCAGCAAACAGGCCAUGUGUUAGAGCCUGCAAUCAUGGCAAAGAACCUUCAAGAUAGCCUCAUCAGAAACAGAGUUCCUCUCAAUGAAAACUUUGAUCAGUUACAAAGGUUGCAACGUUUGGAAAAGCUCUGCAGUGUGAUGCCAGGUGUGGAUUUCUUCUAUGACCCAGAUCCAACCUAUGAGUUGACGACGGACAAUGUCAAAAAGAUUCUGGCAAUCUUCAUGAGGUUCAGAUGUAACAUCCCUGUGUUAAUCAUGGGUGAAACAGGAUGUGGAAAAACUAGACUGGUCAAGUUCCUGUGUUCCCUUCAGAGUCCUCCAGGAGUUGAAGUUGAAAACAUGGUCAUCAUGAAGGUCCAUGGUGGUACCACAGCUGAUGAUAUUAUCAAGAAAGUUCACAAAGCAGAACGGCUUGCUCAAGCCAAUGCAAAGAUCAAUGCACACAUGUACACCGUUCUGUUCUUUGACGAGGCCAACACAACAGAGUCGAUUGGUCUGAUCAAGGAAAUAAUGUGUGAUGGGACAAUGGAUGGUCAACCAUUACAGCUGUCUGACAAACUUAAGAUAGUGGCUGCAUGUAACCCUUACAGGAAACAUUCUGAUGAGUUGAUACAAAGACUUGAAAAAGCUGGUCUUGGUUACCAUGUUGAUGCAGAAAAAACAACAGACAAGCUUGGUCGUGUUCCAAUGCGUCGACUUGUUUACCGGGUCCAGCCAUUGCCACAGAGCAUGCUGCCACUAGUCUGGGAUUUUGGACAACUGAACACAACGGUGGAAGAGCUGUACAUCAGACAAAUGGUCAACCAUUAUAUUCAUGAUGACAUGUUACCACAAAUACCUGGACUUGUUGAAGUAAUCAGCACAAUCUUAAUACAGUCACAAAACUUUAUGAGAGAUCAACAGGAUGAGUGCAGUUUUGUGAGUCUGCGAGAUGUAGAACGAGUCCUCAAGGUUAUGUCUUGGUUUUACCAACAAUCUCAGGACAACCGAACUCUGUUUGACAUGAUGGAGGAAGAAGAAAGGGAGAUUUCUGAUGAAGAGGAGAGGAAGAGGAGGAGGAGACAGAAGAAUAUGGAAAUGCAAACGUCAUGGCCGGAUGAUUUGACCAAGUCAUUAAUUUUGGCUCUUGGUGUCUGUUACCGAGCUUCUCUGAGAAGUAGAGAUGACUAUGAUGACCAUGUAACACAGUUUUUUCAAAAGCCAUGCAGUCUUCCUGGUGGAGAGGAUCAGUUUGUUAAUGUCAUCACAAGAUGUCAAGAUGUUUUCCUUGAAAAUGUCCAACUGGAGGAGAACAUAGCUAGAAACCAGGCUCUGAAAGAAAAUCUCUUCAUGAUGAUCAUCUGCAUAGAGUUACGCAUUCCACUGUUUCUUGUGGGAAAGCCUGGCAGCUCCAAAUCCCUGGCCAAGACCAUCGUUUCCGAUGCAAUGCAAGGAAACUCUGCUAGAAAAGAACUGUUUAAACAGCUGAAGCAGGCUCAGAUGGUGUCAUUCCAGUGUAGUCCUCUGUCAGUAGCAGAAGGUAUUCUGGGAACAUUCCGACAGUGUGCUCAGUUUCAGAAAGACAAGGACCUGAGUAGAUACGUGUCCAUCGUGGUACUCGAUGAGGUGGGAUUGGCUGAAGAUUCUGUACGCAUGCCACUCAAGACACUGCACCCUUUGCUAGAAGAUGGCUGCCAAGGGGAUGAAAAACCAGAACCCUACAAAAAGGUUGCCUUUAUUGGCAUUUCCAACUGGGCUCUAGACCCGGCCAAGAUGAACAGAGGAAUUCUUGUCCAGAGAGAGGUUCCUGAUGAGGCGGAACUUCUAGAGUCAGCCAAGGGAAUAUGUGCUUCCCGUGAAGAAGUUUUUCGAAGAAUCAAGUCACUUUUACCACAGUUAGCUGAUGCUUACAAAGCAGUAUUUGGUGCUACUCAGCAAAAGCGAGAAUUCUUUGGACUAAGAGAUUUUUAUAGGUAUAUUACCCAGGAGUGGAAGACCGAGAGCUACAACACAGCGUCAAGACAGAUUUAUGGUGACAUGGUGACACUGAAUAGACAAUUCCACCAGGCCACUGGAGUCCGCAUCACCCCACAAACAUUGAGAAACAGACUCCAUGCAGCCAAUUUCCGAGGCAGUGCCAUUGGUCCUGAGUUUGUGCUAAUGGACGAUAACACACGGUCACAUAGAGCACGAAUUGUCAGGGAUUACCUUGAAGAAGAGACAAUUGAAAGAAUGGAUUGGCCAGCUGUUUCUCCCGACCGUAACCCUAUCGAACACAUCUGA